AUGUCUAAGGUGACAAAUAUGCCCAGCAUGAAUGUCUUGAGAAAUAUCUUGGCUGGCUCAGAGUCCAUCCAGUCAGUCUUUAAAGUCAGUCAAGUCUGGUUCCAAUAUUUGCUUGGUGAUUCACUCUAUUCUGGAUCAGAGCUCUUUUACCUUGUUAUAAUAAUACUUGAGGAUGACCUUCAUUAUUCUGAGGCUUCCCUGCUCUUUAGACAAGUGCUGGGCACCUCUUUUGGUAUGGUAAGGCUGCUGCCAGUGCUUCAAGGACAGUUCUACACCAUCCUAUGCACCAGUAUUGCACUCUGA